UUCAUUGUGGCAGUCUUACCCUCACCACUGUUAUUGGUAUUGUUCACCUGCUUUUGUUCCGCUUCCGGGUUAGUUAAUGAAGAAUUUUGAAGCAAAGCAGCGUGCGAGUGCAAUCGUUGUUGUCUUAACCGAAAAUAAACGUAGUUCCCGAGUUCCCGGAGAAAACCCACGCAGGCACGGGGAGAACAUGCAUGCUCAACAGAGGCGAGUCAGGGUUGAACCCGGAACGUCACUCCUCAGAACUGCAAGAUCGACGCUUUUCAUCUGCCCCACCGUGCCCCCAGUAAAUUAAUUUAAAGCAAAAAUUAACACUUUUUAGUGCAAGCAGGUCAUGUCACCCGUCACACAACUCUCACCAGUGCUCACGUGUAGCCCUCAGACUCAAAAAAGUUGCACCAGAAAUGUCAAAGUCACUGAAGAAAAUAGUGGAUGAGAGCCGGGAGAAGAACCUUCCAGAUGUUGAAAUGUGUGACAGAGGCAUUUCAAACAUGCUGGAUAUACCCGGAUUAUUCACUUUGUCCCACAUCACGCAGUUGGUCCUGAGUCACAACAAGCUCACAGUGGUGCCUGCUAACAUCUCUGAGCUAAAAAAUCUGGAGGUUCUUAAUAUGUUCAACAACCAAAUUGAAGAGCUACCAACGCAAAUGAGCAGUCUUCAGAAGUUGAAACACCUUAAUCUUGGAAUGAACCGCCUUUACAAUUUGCCCAGAGGCUUUGGUUCUUUGCCAGCUCUUGAAGUUUUGGACCUCACCUACAAUAACCUGACCCAAAAUUCCUUGCCUGGAAAUUUCUUCUAUCUCACAACUCUUCGUGCUCUGUAUCUGAGUGAUAAUGACUUUGAAAUCCUGCCAUCUGACAUUGGAAAGAUGACGAAGCUGCAAAUAUUAAGCCUCCGGGACAACGAUCUGAUCUCACUGCCGAAGGAUAUUGGGGAGUUGGGACAACUCAAGGAACUUCACAUCCAGGGGAAUAGACUAACUGUACUGCCUCCAGAACUUGACUGGGAAUAUAGGUGCAUUACAUGUAUAAUUACUGGUGGUGUGUUGGAUGAGUCCAACAUCAGCGGGUCCAGUGCUCCACGGCCCGGAUGGGAGAUGACAAAUGGCAUCUUCCUCAGCAGGGUCUCUAUGGCAGACACAUGCAGGCCAACCCAGAACCGCCAAAGAAGAGCAACGACAAGAGUAAGAAGAUCAGCCGCAAACCACUGGCAACCAAAAACAAAUAAAAACCAUAGCUGGGACACUUUGUAAUAUAUUAGCAAGCCAAACUCUCUGCAUGUCCCUUUCAGUAGCUUUAUUUUAAAACAAUGUACAGCACAAGGAAAUGUGCACAGUAUUUUAAGAUAUAUUGUUUCAUUUUUUGAUACGACUAUGUUGGAGUCUGUGGAGUCAAAGGCAAAGUGAAAUAAUGAAAAAAAAUCUCAAGCAUAUAUCACAAGCAUCAAUAUUUUUUCCAUUAUUUUGCCUAAGAAAAAAGCCCUAAAAAGCCCCAUUGUUAAGGCUCGUCUUUUACCAAAGGAUAUUUUUCCAUGCGUUUUCCUUUCUUACAAAAAUGUUUUAUUUUGCCUCUCUUCAGCUUUAAAAAUAUGAACUCACCAAUCAAGAUUACAAAAAAUGCUUUUCAUGGUAUUUUGUAAUUGAAGACUUGUUCAACAUUUUUUGUAAUUUCAGUCAGCUUGCCAGUAUAUUCUUUUACAUUGUAUUUAAUGUGAUGAAAUAUAAUUCAGCCUUUCAAAAUAAAUGUGUCCUGUAAUUGUAAAUGA